AUGACUGUAACAAAGCAAACACCACAAAUUAUUACAGAUAACCUUGAGCUUGAUGAAGUAUUUCCCGCAUAUAGUUAUUAUUAUCAUUAUGUUAAAAGCUAUUAUGAUAAUUGGAGAAACAGAUCAUAUACUACACUAAAUAGUGAAUUAUCUGCAAUGUGUCAACAAUUUAAUAAAGAUGGUGUUUCAGAUAACUGCAAACCAAAUAUUAGUACUGUUAAUUUCUUAUAUCUUGGACGUUAUUUAUAUUAUUUAAAAGAACAUUUUAAGGAUACUGAUAUAAAUAAAGUAUAUGCUUGUACAUAUUUCAGCUACAAACUUAAACAAGAAUUAAAAAAUGUUGGUUGUGGUAAUGAAGAUCCUGAGAAAGCUUAUAAAAAAAUUAUUGAACUAAAGGGCAAUUACUUGCGACAUAACGAACAGAAUUUCAAUGUAUGCGAGGGCACUAAGCUUAUAGAAAAUUUUGAUGACACAACACUUAGCAUAUUUCGCGAUCUAGAUGAAUUGUAUAAAAAUUUUUAUACAAUAAAAGGCACUAAAUGGAAUAUGUAUUAUCGAAAAAUGAUUUAUGGCAUAUUUAAAAGGCUUUUAUCGCAUGAGUAUGUUAGAGGUGAUAAACAUAAAAUGAAAAAUGUACUGAAGAGAUUUAAAAAGGAAUAUGACGGUUAUAGGUAUUGUGAAUUUUGGUGGGAAAAUCCUGAAGUACUAUCAUUACCUGAGGUUAUUUAUAAUGAUCCAUCAGGUAAUUCAACUCAAAAUAAUACGACCACUACAUCGGUGGAUAACUCACAGAGCAAGAUAAAAGAAGAGAAGAAUGAAACAUUGAUAAGCAAUGAUAUAGAUAAGGAAACUAAAAUAACAGAAUUCUUAAAGGCAUUGGCUGAGGAAGCAAGGAAUGAGGAGAAGUUAGUAGAAGUUAGCACAAGCACUACGGUUAUAAUAUUUACAGUAUUAAUAGUUAUAUUUCUUCUAUAUAAGUAUACCGUAUUUGGUUCAUAUUUACAUCCAAGAACUAGGAAAUUAAAGAAACAACUUAUGAAAAGAAAUAAUAUACAUCUAGACUUAAUGGAUUCAUUUGAAAGAUCGUACAAUAAUUCAUUUGAUAAUACUUACGAAAUAGGAUAUAGAUCAUUAGACUACUAA